UCCACUUCCGGCCCCGGAAGGAGCCUCCGCCGCCGCAGCAGGUCCGUCUGGCCCGGCCACCCCUUCUGGGCCCCCACACGACAACGGGGUUCUUGGGGCCCCCCGGUGGGCGCCGGAGCGUGACGCACCCCCAGCCGGUCAGACACGUGGGCCCUGGGCCCAGGGGGGUGCCACGGUCGGGGGCCGGCCCCGGGAGGGUCCUGCGCCCCGCACCGCGCCCAACCUGGUUGUGGCGGGCGUGGAGGGUCCUCUGGCCACCUCGCGCGGUCCCGAGACCGGCCUGGCAUGAGCUCGGGGGCCGCUUCGCGGCUGCGGGCGCUCCACGGACACCUGGGCUCCCCGGAGGGAUGGAGUCGCUCAGCAGCCCACUGACCACGCACGUGCUGGACACUGCCUCCGGGCUCCCGGCCCAGGGCCUCUGCCUCCAUCUGUCCAGGCUUGAGGAGCAUGGCAAGCAGUGGACGGAGCUGAGGAGAAGCUACACCAACUCAGAUGGCCGCUGCCCAGGGCUCCUGCCACCAGGCCAGAUGAAGGCAGGCACCUACAAGCUGUCCUUCGACACUGAGGGCUACUGGAAAAAGAGGGGACAGGAGAGCUUCUACCCAUACGUGGAGGUUGUUUUCACCAUCACAAACGAGACCCACAGAUUCCACGUACCCCUGCUGCUGAGCCCAUGGUCCUACACCACUUACAGAGGGAGCUAGCGGCCAAGCCACCUUCUCUCUGGCUGACUGCCAAGUGGCCCACGAGCACCAGUCCCAUCAUCACGGCCCAUUGAGCCACCCCCAGCCCUCAGCCGGGCUCUGUGUUCCUCAUGGUACAUCAGGUCAACUUCGCGUGUGACGGUUGAGCCCCAUAUUUCCAAGUGGUCGCUAUGACUCAGGCGUCAAUAAAGUUGGUGCUGGCUUCUGCAA